AUGACUUCUUUGAGUCAUUUUUUUCAUUUGUUUCUCUUCUUCUUUCUUCUAAUAGGCUUGGCUUCCUCUUCCACGUCCUUUCUUUCAAACGAAAUAUUUGAGUCACGCGGAUCCGCUAGCCGUGCCCUCCUUCAGACCAAAACAUCAUGUCAUGUAAACUUUGAGUUUAAGAACUAUACAAUCCUCAAAACCUGGUGCAAAGGACCUAGAUACCCGUUAGUGGCUUGUUGUAACGCUUUCAAGGAAUUUGCAUGCCCUUAUACGGAUGCUAUUAAUGACAUGACAAAUGAUUGCGCCGCAACCAUGUUUAGCUACAUCAACCUCUAUGGGGGUUACCCGUCAGGCCUAUUUGCCAACAUGUGCAGGGAAGGAAAGCUUGGUCUUAAUUGCACCAAUGUUGUAGAUGAAGCCACGGGGUUAUGA